ACUUAACUAGUUAGGGAGGGCGGGGUAGAAGUGGGCACCUGCUGCUCUUAGGGAAGAGUAAAGCUGUGGCUCCUGCCUGGGUCUCGAGGUCGUCGUCAGAAGUGCUUCUGAAGAGCGGCCCAAGCCCCUUUUUGUCCCACCACUCCACAACGAGCAUCCCUCGGCUGGCCGCCUGCCCGGGAACUCUCCGGCUGGUUUUGUUUGGUCCCAGCCAUCCCGCCCAUCUCGCCCGCCCCCGCCGUCCCGGUGCCUUAGUUUUUGAAGCUGCCGACCUCUCGCAGCUGGAAUCGCAGACCAGGCAGGACCCUGACAGCAGACGGCGUCCAAGAGUUUGGCGACAUCCGUUCAGCCAGGUUGGCGCCCCGCACGUCGUGCCUCUCACUAGCAAAGUUUCUCCGAGGAGAAGCAGCCCCUCCAGCCUUUUCUUGAUCCUGUAGAGCGAGCGCGCUCUGCUUCUCUCCCUCAACACUGCAUUCGGAGACAGAGUGGUGACAAUACUCCAGUCCCGGGCCAGGCGGUCUUGGGGGCGGGGCUUGGGGGAAUCCGAGGAGCUAUCCUGAGAACCCCGGACUCAGCGAAGGUCCUGAGAGCGCGCAGGUGAGCGGGCGAGCUGAUAGCUACAGCCUAGCAAUAGCUAGGAUACCUAGGCACUGAACUGAAUCCCCUCUUCUGCCCCCCCUCUUCUGCGCCCCCUCUUCUGCCCUGGCUCAGCUUUCCGCUGACUUGGGAGGACACACUGGUCAGGACUCUGUAAGGAGCUGCUGAGUGUCGGUGCACCCGACAGAUUGGCUACUCCCUGCCUGAGGGGCUGCGAAAGGAGCCGCCACGGAAGCCGCUGUUCUCAUGACUCUUCACGUCCCUGGAGUUGGACUCUGGAUGGGGCGCUGGGAUGCUUGCUUUUGUCUUGUUCAAGUUUCACAGCAAGUAUGUUGACGAUUGGAAUCCUGGGCCAAUCAAGAGUCAAGUUCAAAGUGGUACUCCUGGGCUUUCCAUCCCAGACUCCAAGUCGAAUCUGAAUCUACAAGAGAGCGGUUUCUUGCUCUAACUAGUGAAUCUGUUCCCAAACUGGACUUGACAGAGCUCUCCUCACCUAUACUUGGACUGCAGCGGCUAUAGGGUUCUCUUGAGGAUGGGUGGGAGGGUGCUAUGAACACCAGACCACAACAUUCAGAAAGAACCUCGACAAUGGACAGAGUUUAUGAAAUUCCUGAGGAGCCAAAUGUGGAUCCGGUUUCAUCUCUGGAGGAAGAUGUCAUCCGUGGAGCCAACCCCCGAUUUACUUUUCCAUUUAGCAUCCUUUUCUCCACCUUUUUGUACUGUGGGGAGGCUGCAUCUGCUUUGUACAUGGUUAGAAUCUAUCGAAAAAAUAGUGAAACUUACUGGAUGACAUACACCUUUUCUUUCUUUAUGUUUUCAUCCAUUAUGGUCCAGUUGACCCUCAUUUUUGUCCACAGAGAUCUAGCCAAAGAUAAACCGCUAUCAUUAUUUAUGCAUCUAAUCCUCUUGGGACCUGUUAUCAGAUGUUUGGAGGCCAUGAUUAAGUACCUCACACUGUGGAAGAAAGAGGAGCAGGAGGAGCCCUAUGUCAGCCUCACCCGAAAGAAGAUGCUAAUAGAUGGCGAGGAGGUGCUGAUAGAAUGGGAGGUGGGCCACUCCAUCCGGACCCUGGCUAUGCACCGCAAUGCCUACAAACGUAUGUCACAGAUCCAAGCCUUCCUGGGCUCAGUGCCCCAGCUGACCUAUCAGCUCUAUGUGAGCCUGAUCUCUGCAGAGGUCCCCCUGGGUAGAGUUGUGCUAAUGGUAUUUUCCUUGGUAUCUGUCACCUAUGGGGCCACCCUUUGCAAUAUGUUGGCUAUCCAGAUCAAGUACGAUGACUACAAGAUUCGCCUUGGGCCACUAGAAGUCCUCUGCAUCACCAUCUGGCGGACACUGGAGAUCACUUCCCGCCUCCUGAUUCUGGUGCUCUUCUCAGCCACUUUGAAAUUGAAGGCUGUGCCCUUCCUAGUGCUCAACUUCCUGAUCAUCCUCUUUGAGCCCUGGAUUAAGUUCUGGAGGAGUGGUGCCCAGAUGCCCAAUAACAUUGAGAAAAAUUUCAGCCGGGUCGGCACUCUGGUGGUCCUGAUUUCAGUCACCAUCCUCUAUGCUGGCAUCAACUUCUCUUGCUGGUCAGCUUUGCAGUUGAGGUUGGCAGACAGAGAUCUUGUCGACAAAGGGCAGAACUGGGGACAUAUGGGCCUGCACUAUAGUGUGAGGUUGGUAGAGAAUGUGAUCAUGGUCUUGGUUUUUAAGUUCUUUGGAGUGAAAGUGUUACUGAAUUACUGUCAUUCCUUGAUUGCCUUGCAGCUCAUUAUUGCUUAUCUGAUUUCCAUUGGCUUCAUGCUCCUUUUCUUCCAGUACUUGCAUCCAUUGCGCUCACUCUUUACCCAUAAUGUAGUAGACUACCUCCACUGUGUCUGCUGCCACCAGCACCCUCGGACCAGGGUUGAGAACUCAGAGCCACCCUUUGAGACUGAAGCAAGGCAAAGUGUUGUCUGAUUCUAUUUUUGGGGUAUUUUAGAAUGAGUUGGGAGUUGCCAAGAGUAACCAUGAAAUUGAAGGAAAGGAUGAGGCUCAUGGGUGAGAUACCCAUCAGUACAUUUUCUUAACUUUUCUGUUAAGCCUAUCAGAAGAAAGAGCAACUCCCAAAUAGGUUUUAUUUUCUUAAGAGUUACCACUAUGUUUGGAAACAGCAAGUACCCACUAUAUAGUUGAAAGGGUCAGAAAUACCAUUCACACCCUUCUUACCCAGGUCAAUUGGAAUAACUUGCCUUCAAACACUUUAGGCUCUCUAAAGUGACCUUCUAGCUCUGCUCAUUUGCUUGAUGCAUUUCUGAGCUUUCCUGGGCUGAGCUGAAGGCUCUAGAAUCCCACUAGAAUGUAUCCUGACUGAUCAGAGGAUAUGACAGCUUACCAGCUAAGAGUACCUCCCAGAAAACAGUCUGACUAAUGUGGAACCUGCAACUGUCAGUGUGGCUGGGGUCUUUUUAAUUCCAGUGAGAAGCUCUGGCUGAGAAGAAAAUCACCACUAUUAAAAAAGCUGCUCCCCAAACAGAUUAGCUCUCUAUUAGGAUUUUACUAGUGGCCAUUCAGCAAGGACCUCUCUUUACAGUGGCACUUCAUAGGCACACUCUGAGGAGAAAGUGCAGAGUAGAAUUCCUUCAGGCCGUAAGCCAAAAUGACUCUUUUUCUCAGGGACCUGCAUGGGCCUCCAGCUUGUCUAUUGGAAUUGCUGAGUGAAGCCUCUCACUUAGUGCCUCAUUAGCAGAGAUUUUCUCCAACCCAGCUUUUCUGGGUUCUUGGUGUUUUACUACUUGAUGUGGACCUCAGAGAAGCUGAACUGUAAUUGAAAAUGUUUCCGAUGUGUGGAAGAAAUGAAGACUACUUCGUGUC